AUGCUGCUGUCCUCACCCUCGGCGGCAGCGCCGAACGCCAGUGGCAGCGGCAGUGGUGGUGCAGCCGCCGGCGACGAGGUUGUCCCGCCCACCCGGGAGACAUCCACAGCACUUUCCACAGCGCACGCGCAGCUCGUGCUGUUAGAGUAUGCGAUUCGAGCUGCUGCCGACAGCGCUGUCCCCAGUGACGCCUCAGCCCAGUCACAUCGAAAGGCAUCCGAAGUGACGCGCACAACGAACGCGACCGUGGGCUCGCAAAACUCCCUGCUCCCCGGGCCUGUACCGGCCGAGUCCGGCUCUCUGAUGAGCAUCAUGGCAGCGACGCGGCUGUCCAGUGUGACGGCAACAGCGCCGUCAGGUGCCAGCGAACGGCUCAGCGCGCUGCACGAUAACCUGCGGCGUGUUCGACACCUCAUGCAGCAGUACGAGGAGGCCUCGCAGCACGUCAUCAAGGUACACCUGCUUCCCUCCCCCGAAACGGGCGAGGAGACUCUCGGGUCAGUGACCACGCCCACUGCGUACGCCGGUCAAAGGACGAAGGAGGUGAGCCCGCAGCAGCUGAGCGUCUCGGUCGCCGCAGCAGCAGUAGACCGCCCGUUUCUCGAGCAGCACAGCUCAAACUCGGCGAACGUUGCCAGCAACGGCAAGCCAGCCGCAGCGCCGCAGAACAUCCCCCCGUCCCUGCACCAGCGCCGAGCGCUUGCCAGCGACGCCGUCUUCACGCGUUUCUGCGGGUUGCGCGUCACUCCUGAUCAGUUACUCCUGCCACUUCCGCCGCCAGCGACCCCGACCACCUCCCCUACACCGCCCGCGCUCGCGCAGCAGCACACGUCACCGCGAAAGCCCGUUGCACCGCGAGGCAUCGACAACGACGCUGAGGAGAAAAAGAACGGGAGCGGGGAUAGCUUGGUGAGCCACUACUCCGAGCCCAUGAAGAGGCAUGGUAGCAACAGUAAAACCCGCAGCAGCCAGACGGCGGGUAGCCCGAAUGCGAAAACCCAGGAGAGCUCGGCUUCCAGCAGCCCCAGGCACUCUCCCGUGUCUUGCACCGCGCAGCAACGGGAGCGCACGAGCACCGAGGCCGUACUGGAGGAAUACGCGAAGCUCUUUUAUCGCCCCUCCGCCACAGCGGUAUCGCGGCCGGCGCCGCCGCGCUCGACGGCCAUCGGGAUGCAGUCGUCGCAGUCACCGGUCGUGGCGGCGGCACCGGCACACAACACUAGCGCCACCAAAGCGGGAAGCCUGUCCUCAUCGACACCGGCUGAUGACAGUGAAGUGGCGCGACAGCUACAGGAGACGCAGCAGCGGUUUGCGGCCCUGCAGCGGUGUCAUCUGUUCGCCUACGAGGCACACCUGAGGUCUGCGGCGGCGCCUGCUGAUAGCCAGGGCAACGGCAGUGACGUCAGCACCAUCAAAAGAGGAAUCACAACUCUCGGGGCAGUGACGACUGGCGCGAACGUCGACGAUAUCAGUUGGCAGCACAUACCUGUCGCCGUUCAGCACAUGCAGGACAGCCUCACCGCGCUGCAGGCCCGUUUUACGCGUGACUCGCACUACGCCAGGUGCGGCAGACAACCAAUCGCCCUCGUGCAUCAGUUGCAAACCUGGACGCAGCCGCUGAUCCAGAAUCUGAACGAGCUCCUCUCGAACUCCACCUUGGAGGAAAAGAGCGAGAACACGCGCGAGAAGCUGCGACGCAUGAAGUUUGACGCGGAGGAGCUGCAGCAGGCGCAGGCGCAGGCAAUCGCGAACGGCGAUAUGCAGCGCUCUGAGGAGCUCUAUUACGAGCAGGGGUCGCUGGCUGAGGCGAUGGCAGGGCCCUACGACGAGUUGGAAGCAAUAAUGCGGAAAUACGGAGAGGUGUGCGUCGACGCGCCGCUGACGCGCGUGCUGGAGCAGCGCGAUCUGCUUACGACGCGGCUGACGCGCGUGAUCGAGGAGUACACGAGCAAACUCUCGGAGGUCACCCUCGAUGUGGAGCGGGUGAAGGAGAAGCGGCGGGCCGUGGCGCAGGCGCGUCAUCGCCAGCGCAACAAUAUGUCGGCGUACAACCACACAUGGAAGAAGGCGUGGCAGACGAACAGCGACCAGCAGAUGGCGUGCUACCGCGCGAUGGAGCAACUGGAGAAGCAGCUGAACGACCUGCAGCAGACGCAAAGCUUUCUCGUAGACGACUGGAUCAGCCAUGUCACCCAGGAGCGCCAGAGGGAGGAGGACGCGGCAUCCUUUGCGUGCUUCGCCGAUGCCAGGGCAGCCGCCCUCGCCGAGACGCAGCACAACCUACAGACAGUUGUCGAAGGCGUGCGCCAGUACACUGGGGCUGUGCAGUUUAGCUGCCGUCACGUCGAGGCCUUUGCCCGCGAGGUGCUGCGAGGUCAUCUCAGCCACUCUCAGGUGGCGCUUCGCAAGGACCGAUUGGAGCAGUUCCGCGCCCUCUACCUCACGCUCGGCGACCUGCGCUUCAAGAAGGCGCGCAACGCCGAGGAAAUCGAAAAGAAGAUUGAGUACUACACGCUGCAGCAGGAGGUUGCCAUGGACGCGCUCAACCCGAAGGCAAAGGAGUUCAGCAAAACCAAGCAGCGCUAUGAGGCCGCGAAGGCCGAGGUGCAGAAGCAGAUCGACCAGCUCGACCAGCGGAGUCGACUGCAGCUUGAACGCUUCCGGCCGACAGAGCAGCUGCUCCGCGAAGCUGGCGUGAACUUUGUGUCCCCCGAGGAGGAGCUCGCCAGACGCACGCAGCAACGGUCGCAGAAGCUACUCGAGUACCAGCAACUGAUAGAAGAUUGCAUCGGCGUGCGGCCGACCGCGACCACCUCGAGCAUCACCUCACGCUCCCCUGCGACACUCACCACCGUGGCAGCUUCACAACCCGCGGCCUCCUCUGCUCGGGCUGAAGGUGCGAAGGGCCUCACCGGCACGAAUGCGCCAUCGCCGCCGCGGCUGCAAGCUGUCGAAUCGCUGCACUCCUGCCCACUGCCGCCGACCGCGGGGGAAGCAGCCAACCCCACCGCUACUGCUUCCGGGGCCCUUUGUGGGAAGAAUGGCCGUCAGCUGCCUCCACUUCGCAGAAUGAACCGCACCUACCCGCCAUCGCAGCGCACUGAUCACAGCGACAACAGCGACGAACCGACCGCGACGACAACAGAACCCUCGCCGCAAGGUGCAAAUCAGACCUCUACAGCUGCCACGGUGGCUGCUGCCCCCACAGCUGCCUCCUUAUCCAGCCUACACGCGACGGAGGAGCGCAUCAUGCAGGGCAUUUCCAAGAUGGCGGUAACCGAUCGCGGCAGGACCCGUACCAGCAGCGUCACGGCCUCCAUUAGAUGCAAGAGAAGCAAGCGAUGA